AUGGCGGCGGCCGCGGCGCUCCCGGGCGCGGGCGGGCCCCCCGCGGGCGGCGGCGCCGGGGGCGGCGGAUCCCCGCCGGGCGGCUGGGCAGUGGCGCGCCUCGAGGGCCGCGAGUUCGAGUACCUGAUGAAGAAGCGCUCGGUGACCAUCGGGCGCAACUCGUCGCAGGGCUCGGUGGACGUGAGCAUGGGCCACUCGAGCUUCAUAUCGCGGCGCCACCUCGAGAUCUUCACGCCCCCGGGCGGCGGCGGCCAUGGCGGGGCGGCCCCGGAGCCGUCGGCGCAGCCCGGGCCCGACGCGGGCGGCGACUUCUACCUGCGCUGCCUCGGCAAGAAUGGCGUGUUCGUGGACGGCGUGUUCCAAAGGCGCGGGGCGCCGCCACUGCAGCUGCCGCGCGUGUGCACGUUCAGGUUCCCGAGCACAAAUAUCAAGAUCACGUUCACUGCCCUGUCCAGCGAGAAGAGGGAGAAACAGGAAGCGCCCGAGUCCCCCGUGAAGCCCGUGCAGGCUCACAUCUCGCCGCUGACCAUCAACAUUCCAGACACCAUGGCCCACCUCAUCAGCCCCCUCCCCUCCCCCACAGGAACCAUCAGUGCUGCGAACUCCUGUCCAUCCAGCCCCCGGGGAGCAGGGUCUUCAGGGUACAAAAUGGGCCGUGUGAUACCAUCUGACCUCAAUUUAAUGGCCGACAACUCACAGCCAGAAAAUGAGAAGGAAGCUUCAGGUGGAGACAGCCCAAAGGAUGAUUCAAAGCCACCUUAUUCCUAUGCACAAUUAAUCGUACAAGCAAUUACGAUGGCUCCUGAUAAACAACUCACCCUAAAUGGAAUUUAUACGCACAUCACGAAAAACUAUCCCUACUACAGGACUGCGGACAAGGGCUGGCAGAAUUCAAUUCGCCACAAUCUCUCUCUGAAUCGUUAUUUCAUCAAAGUACCACGUUCCCAGGAAGAACCAGGCAAAGGCUCAUUCUGGAGGAUAGAUCCUGCCUCUGAAAGCAAAUUAAUAGAGCAGGCUUUUAGGAAAAGACGGCCUAGGGGCGUGCCUUGCUUUAGAACCCCUCUGGGACCGCUCUCGUCUAGAAGUGCCCCAGCCUCUCCCAAUCAUGCUGGAGUGCUGUCUGCUCACUCCAGUGGCGCCCAGACCCCUGAGAGCCUGUCGAGGGAAGGUUCACCGGCCCCUCUGGAGCCCGAGCCUGGUGCCUCACAGCCCAAACUCGCUGUCAUCCAGGAGGCACGGUUUGCCCAGAGUGCACCAGGCUCACCUCUGUCUAGUCAGCCCGUCUUAAUCGCCGUGCAGCGACCACUGCCACCGACGAUCAAGCCUGUUACCUACACUGUCGCCGCCCCCGUGACCACCUCGACCUCCCAGCAGCCCGUCGUGCAGACGGUUCACGUCGUCCACCAGAUCCCAGCGGUGUCUGUCACCAGCGUGGCCGGACUGGCCCCGGCAAACACGUACACCGUCGCAGGACAGGCCGUGGUCACUCAGGCGGCCGUGCUGGCCCCCCCUAAGGCAGAGCCACAAGAGAAUGGAGACCACAGAGAAGUAAAAGUGAAAGUAGAACCUAUUCCUGCGAUUAGCCAUGCCACACUAGGUGCCGCUGGCCGGAUCAUUCAGACGUCACAGACCACCCCUGUCCAGACGGUCACCAUAGUGCAGCAGGCACCUCUAGGUCAGCACCAGCUUCCAAUAAAAACUGUAACACAAAACGGGACUCACGUGGUGCCAAUCCCCGCCGCCGUCCACGGCCAGGUGAAUAAUGCAGCGGCGAGUCCCUUGCACAUGCUGGCGACACACGCCUCAGCAUCGGCCUCCCUGCCCACCAAGCGCCAGAACGGCGACCCGGCGGAGCAGCCAGAGCUAAAGCGGGUCAAGACAGAAGAUGGCGAGGGCCUCGUCAUCGCCCUGAGCAUGGAUGCGCCGCCGGCAGCCGUGCGGGAGAAGGGCGUCCAGAACUAGCGGCCGGGAGAGUGUUUCUCACUUUAACGUCAACUCUGUGGUGCCAAAAGGAGACACUGCCUCUCACCGACGCUCAGAGCGCGUUCCCUCGGUGGGUAGAGGGCCCUGCGGUUGGACUUCACCUCAGCACUGGAAACACAA